AUGGCCACUCCUAUCCCACCAACUGAUCACUUCCAUACAAAAUUUGAUGAUAUGACUGUUGAAAUUUUCUGUCUUGUCUGGCUCGACGCCAAUAUCAAUGAAACUCGAGAUACAGAACGAAAAUUACGUUCAAUCAUUAAUCAUCUUAAGAAAUUUCAAGAUGUGAAAGAAUGUCAAAAAUUUAUUGAAGAACGAUCAAAAGAUGAACGAGUAGUUAUGAUUGUUAGUGGUCGAUUGGGACGAGAAAUAGUUCCUUCUAUUCAUAAAUUUCGACAAGUUAUAUCGAUCUAUGUGUACUGCAUGGAUAAGGAAGGUAACGAAAAAUGGGCUCGCAAUUUCGCAAAAGUAAAAGCUGUUUGUGUUGACCUUGAUGAACUUAUAGUUCGAAUUACAGCUGAUCACAGAAUCCAGAAAAAAGUUGAAGAACCUCUAUCAAUUAAUAUUUUUACGACCAGUCCGAGCUCAGGUAAAUCAACAACAGGUUUAAAUGGUCAAUUUGUUUUUUCUCAAGUUCUAAUUGAUUGUCUUCUACGACUAAAAUACACUAAAGAAGACAAAAAGGAACUUAUUGAAUUAUGUAAACAACAAUAUCAAGGUAAUAGCUUCGAAUUGAACAAUAUUCGUGAAUUUCAACAAGAUUAUUCAUCUAACAAUGUUCUAUGGUGGUAUUCACGAGAAACAUUCUUUUAUAAGACUCUAAAUGCAGCUCUUCGUAAGCAAGAUAUUCAUUUUAUGCUUUUGUUUCGUGCAUAUAUCUUGGAUAUUCAUCGACAACUAAAAGCCCAUCAAGCUAAACAUUCCUUGCGAGUUUAUCGUAGUCAAAUGAUAUUGAAUGAUGAACUAAAAACAUUGAAAGAGAACCGUGGUCAAUUCAUUUCAAUAAAUUCAUUUUUUUCCACCAGUACCGAUAAACAGCAGGCUCUUUCAUUUCUCAAUGCUACUAAUGAUACAGAUAAUUUAGUACCAGUAUUAUUUGAAAUUGAUGCUAACCCUAAUGUGGCCAUUACAAAACCAUUUGCUGAUAUUAGUUCACAAUGUGAAUAUAAAGAUGAAUGCGAAGUCCUAUUUAUGUUGGGCUCUAUUUUUCGUCUGGAUAAUAUCAAACGCAGUAGCGAUGGCCAAGUAUGGAUCAUUCAAAUGACAUUUUGCAGUGAUGAUGAACAUGAUUUAAGACAAGUUCUCAUGGAUAUGAAAGAGCAAUUUAUUAGUGGAGAAACAAGUCUUCAAACAUUAGGAAAAAUAUUGUGGGAGAUGGGAAAACCUAAUCUGGCUGAAAAAUAUUUUAUUCGCUUGUUAGAACAACUCCCAGCCAAUGACUCAUUACGUCGUCAUCUAUAUCAAGAUCUUGGCAGACUAGCAUCACACGUCGGUGACUUGGACAAAAGUAUGGAAUGGCGUCAAAAAGCUCUCGACUUCAAAAAACAAAGUCAACCAGCUGGCAGUUCAAGUACUCGUCAAACAACUAAUAUUAAGGAUUCUCCCCAAACAAGUCAGUCUACAGCCAGCGCCGCUGCUAUGUCGAAAAUUACAAUAUCACCACAUAAGUCAUCAUCAAAACCUGAUCCAACGCCAAAAUCAGGUAUGCUUCUUUGA